AAAGCUUCGAGAUCCAACCUCCACGCUCUGCUUGCUGCUACCAGUGAAUGCGACGAUAUUUAAUCGGAGCGGAAUUUUCCGCGAUUGAUUUGCUCAAAGAAUGUCAUCUUGCACCCGCCGGAUCUUUUACCAUCAAUUGGUAUCCCCGGGUUGGUAAAUCGAUUGAGGACUCAAGGCUGGUUGUAUGAUGUGAUAGACACCAGUUUGCAGCUCUUUUUAUCGGAGUCCGCUCUUUUGGUGUCACACACACCAUGGAAAGUACGAGUGACUUAUCUUCUUAGUAAGAGAACCAAAAUCUCUCUAAGUGAUGAAAUGAUUCCAGCACGUCGCUCCAUCGCGGCAUCUAUCACCCAAGCCUCCCAUCUCCGAGCAUCUCCCACGGUAAGAUCAAUCUGGCGUCCUCUCAUCCACACAACUAGAUCCAGAUCCCAUUCCAGCACCACCACCACCACCACCACCACCACCACCACCAACAUGGCCACCCACGCCACAUCAGAAGCAGAAGCCGACGUCGAAAGGGCCUACGCCUCUGCUCUCGCCCGCCUCGCCCAACUGCAAUCCAACCGCGCCAUAACAAGCCUCUUCGACUCCUCCUCCCCGGCGCCCGCCGCCGCCAAGGACACGGACCUCAAUGCGCUCGCCAUCCCGGAAAUGCUCGCCUGGCUCCGCCGCGCCGGCUACACCCCGGCCUCCCUGGCCGCGUCGGGCCUGCGCUGCGUGCACGUGGCCGGCACCAAGGGCAAGGGCAGCACCGCCGCCUGCAUCGCGUCCAUCCUGGCGCAGUACAGCAAGGAUCAGUACCACGCUACUGCUACUGCUGCUGCGGAUGCGGAUGCCCAAGGAUGGCGGGGAGAGGCAGCAGGAGGAGGAGGGGGGGGAGGGGCGCCGGCGGCAGCGGUGGGGCUGUACACGUCCCCGCACGUCUUCUCGGUGCGGGAGAGGAUCGCGCUCGACGGGAAGCCCAUCUCCAAGGCGAAGUUUGCGCGGUAUGUGGACGAGGUGUGGGAGCGGCUGACGCAGGCGGCGCGGGAGGAGGCGGCGGCGGCCAAGGGGAGGAUCGUGGUGUCGGAGGAGGAGCUGCGGGGCCCCGGGACGAAGCCGUUCUAUUUCAGGUUCCUCACGAUCCUGGCGCUGCAUGUCUUUGUCAGGGAAGGGGUGCGCUGGGCGGUGGUCGAGUGCGGCAUUGGCGGCGAGUAUGAUGCGACGAACGUGCUGCCCGCCGAGGCGGUGACGGCCGCGGUUGUCACGCAUCUGGAGCUGGACCAUGUCAAUAUGCUCGGGGACACGGUCGAGAAGAUUGCCUGGCACAAGAGCGGGAUUUUCAAACCUGGGGUGAAGGCCUUCUGGAUACGGACGGAGGAGGACGAGCACGUGGGGACGCGGGCGGUUCUGAGGGAGAGGGCCGCGGAAAAGGGCGCUACGUUGGUGGAGGUUGGACGGACAGAGUUGGAAGCGUGGGAUAGCCCCAAAGGCGAGAGACUGCAAGGCGAGUUUCAGAUCUUCAAUCAGGCGCUGGCGGUCUACGCGGCCAGGGAGCACCUGCUGCGGACGGGGGUCAAGCUGGACGGGGUGUUUGGUACGGAUGAGUGGACGCUGAACGAUUGCCCUCGCGAGUUUGUCACAGGCCUGAGGGAAGCCGCUCUGCCGGGGCGGUCCGAGGUCGUAAAGGACGACGAUGAUGUCGAGUGGCAUCUUGAUGGCGCACACACCGAAGACAGCUUGCGCUAUGUAGGGAAGUGGUUUGCUGGCCGAUCGAGCGAUGACCGGCUCGGGCCCGACAACAGUGUUCGAGUUCUGGUCUUCAACCAGCAAGAGAGGGAUCCCUCAGGCUUGUUGAAUGCGCUACUCGCCGGCGCGGAUAUGAGAGGCCGGGGAUCAGCCUUCACACACGCCAUCUUCACCAGAAACGAGGAGAAAGAUCCGACGGAGGGCGAGGACCGGGAUCUCUCGGCGCAAAUUAAGGCAGAGAAGGCUCUGCGCCAGGCAGUUGGAGGGGCCACACCUGGCACUCAGACGACGGUACACACCUCCGUCCCGUCUGCGACUGCGAGGGUCAGGGACAUCGCAGCGCAAGCGAGGAAGGACGGAAAGCCGUGCAAAGUCUUGGUCACGGGGAGCUUCCACCUCGUCGGCCCCGUGUUGAAGACCCUCGGUAGUUUUGAAAACUAG